AUGGAUAACACUAAUCAAGAAACCAAAAAAUGUUAUUGUGCCCGAUGUUUUCUCCCAAUAAAUUCAGAAGAUAAGGUUGAUAUUGAAGAUCAGAAUUUCCACAGAAUCUGUAGUAUGUGCUGUGUUUGUCGUACCAUACCAAACUCAUUAAAAAUGUUUUACGGGCACGUAUUUUGUAAUGACUGUUUUAAAAUCCACGUGAUGUCAAGGUUUAAGAAUGACAACCCUCAGAUGACCUCCAAUAGCUGGUGGACGCAAGACGCCCCAGGACCUCAACCUCAAGAAAGUGAAAAUAAAAUAAACGAAGGUAAAAUAAAAUCACCAAAGCGUUUUAUAUGCGCUCGGUGCUUGCAAUCGGUGGAAGAGAACCACAGAGUUACGAUUGGUGAUCAGAGCUUUCACGGGCAAUGUGCUAAGUGCUAUUUCUGCCACAAAGUCCCAACAUCAAAUUUGAAAAUAUACUACGGCCAAGUAUUUUGUGAGGAAUGUUUCCACCGCAACGUUCUCAAUCGCAACCAAGACAAUCCAUCUGAAUUCUUUAAGAACUGCUUCGAGCAGUGGCAAAAUAACGCCCAGUUCGCUGAGAGCAUGAGGGAAUUUAUGUCUGGUAAUAAGGACACGACGCCCUUCAUAUUCAUGAUGCAAGGACAUCAGCCCCCGUUCUGUCGAUGUGGUACUGGUCCUAAAGAGUGGUGUCAACAAAAUGAACCUCGUAAAUGUGCGUAAGCGCUGAUAAACGAAAAAUAUUUACAGCUGCUACACUAAACACACCAUUUUUGGUGCAAGAUUUCAUCGAAAACUCCAUUUUCAAUGGAAAAAAUAUAGAAAAUUCAUUACCCGUUGAUGGAUCAGCAAAUCAAAAGAAUUUUAAUACGGAGGCAGCUGAAAAAAUUGAAAAAUUAACAAAAUAUCUACAUAACAGAGGCAUGCGACAAGAUGUCGACAAAGCAUGGGAAUUUGUAGAGAAAAAGUCAAAAAAUGUCACUUCCUCUCAUUGGACAAAUUUACAAAAUAAUAAGCUAAAUUCAUUCGAAUGUCCGAAAUGUUUGUGGCAAUGUGGCACUAUUUACGUUGAUCAUAAAAUUUGGAAGCAACUAUUGUUUGCGAAUAUAGACAAGUUUGAAUAAAUUGUGUUGUCAACA